CGCAAUGCACUUCACUAUAUAAUUAAGUUAGUCACAUUUUAUAUCGAAUAGCUGUUGCGAGAAUGCUGACGUUUAGUUAUUUCUGAGAUUUCUACGGCAUCGCACGAUGAUAAGGUGGAACGCAAUAUUUCUUCUUUUGAUUAUCAAUUUGGUGUGUGGAAUGUGUCGUUCUCUAUCUGCUGAUAUGAAAAUCGAAUCAUCGGAGAACCAAACGGUCGCUAACUAUGAGAUUGUGCCACAAGGUGACGAUGAUCCUUCGCUCACUGGACUCAUCGAUUUGGUUUUCACAGAGGCUCGUUCUCUAUUUGAUGAUAUGAAGACGGAAUCAUCAAAUAGUCAAGAUAUGGAUCACAUUGUUGAACUUGGCGUCAACGCAUCGUCAGAAGAUAAACCCGUUGCGACUCGAACUUUUUUUGAAGGUCCAACGCCUUCAACUUCCACGAAUGAAACUACAACCGAACCAUCUGAUUUUAGGUUGGCAGGUGCGUGUCUUAAAGCCUGCGCUGGUUAAACUUUGCAAAGUAAUAAUAAUAAUGUAUGCAUAAUAACACAAGUGUGAAACCCACUCAGUAGCACCAUAAAAUCAUUUUAAAUUAGUAGUUUAGCAAAUAAUA